UGUGAAAGUGCGAAGCUCGUCUACUCGACAUCAUGGGCAUCCAUUGAUGGUGGUCGGUUGUCAGCGGUUGUCGCGUUGUUGCUACGCAUUGCCGUUUCGUUAGCGCAGUCGAGUGUGGUGCAUGGGGGUCGUGAGCUCGAUUGUUCUGGAACCAAGAUAAAGCAGAGCAACAAUGUCCGAUUCGGAAGCUGCCAGCGACGCGGGAAGUACGGGCGGAAGGUCUCGCAGUGGCUCUCGCAGUAGAAGUCCGUCGCGGAGCUCAGCGUCCAGGAGUCCCUCCAGGUCCCGAUCGCGUUCCCGAUCAGCGUCUGGUUCUGAAGACGGAGAUGCAAGGAUGGACGAGGCAGAGGAGGUUAGAUCGGGAGACGAGGAAGCUGUGGAACCAGAAGAGGAACCUGAAGGAGAAGAUUUGGAAGGCAGUAGUGAAUAUGACGAGGAGGAAGAGGAGGAUGAAGACAGACCGAGGAAGAAAAAGAAGAAAGACAGAUAUGGUGGUUUCAUCAUAGACGAAGCAGAAGUUGACGACGAAGUUGAGGACGAUGACGAAUGGGAGGAAGGUGCUCAAGAAAUUGGCAUAGUGGGAAAUGAGGUGGAUGAAUUGGGACCAACUGCACGUGAGAUUGAAGGACGUCGUAGGGGUACAAGCCUCUGGGAUUCGCAGAAAGAAGACGAAAUUGGAGAAUACUUCAAGAAAAAAUAUGCUGACGAGUCGAUCACUGCUCGACACUUUGGCGACGGUGGCGAAGAAAUGAGCGACGAAAUAACUCAACAGACACUGCUACCUGGUGUAAAAGAUCCCAAUUUAUGGAUGGUAAAGUGUCGCAUAGGAGAAGAAAAAUCCACUGCGCUUCUGUUGAUGCGGAAAUUUCUCACCUAUCAGUUUUCAGGCGAACCACUUCAGAUAAAAUCUGUCGUGGCACCGGAAGGUGUUAAGGGCUACAUUUAUAUAGAGGCUUACAAGCAGCCACACGUAAAGGCUGCCAUUGAGAACGUUGGAAAUCUCAGAAUGGGAAUAUGGAAGCAACAGAUGGUGCCGAUUAAAGAGAUGACGGACGUGCUGCGAGUCGUUAAAGAGCAGACAGGUUUGAAAGCUAAACAGUGGGUCCGUUUGAAACGAGGCAUUUAUAAAGACGACAUAGCUCAGGUCGAUUACGUCGACCUGGCGCAAAAUCAGGUUCACCUGAAAUUACUGCCGAGAAUCGAUUACACUAGGCCACGCGGUGCGUUAAGAACAGCACAGAGCGAAUCCGAGGCGUUGAAACGUAAAAAGAAAAGACGACCGGCAGCAAAGCCGUUCGAUCCUGAAGCAAUUCGGGCGAUUGGAGGAGAAGUUACUAGCGACGGGGAUUUCCUUAUUUUCGAAGGAAACAGAUACAGUCGUAAAGGGUUUCUUUACAAAAAUUUCACCACAAGUGCUAUUAUCGCGGAAGGCGUUAAACCUACGCUUUCCGAGCUAGAAAGAUUUGAAGAGGCGCCUGAGGGUGUCGAGAUAGACUUAAGCGGAACACCAGGAACUGGAGUUUCUGGAAAAGAAGACCAAGCUGUAACGCAUUCCUUUAGCAACGGGGAUAAUGUAGAGGUUUGUGAGGGCGAAUUGAUCAAUUUACAAGGGAAAAUCGUCUCUAUAGACGGAAAUAUGAUAAUGGUAAUGCCCAAACAUGAAGAACUCAAAGAAGCCUUGGAGUUCCAAGCAUCGGAAUUACGAAAAUAUUUCACACAAGGCGAUCACGUCAAGGUCGUAGCGGGGAGGUACGAAGGCGACACUGGCUUAAUCGUCAGGGUAGAACAGAACAGAGUAGUUUUGUUCUCGGAUUUAUCGAUGCACGAACUGGAAGUUCUUCCAAGGGAUCUACAAUUAUGCUCUGACAUGGCGACCGGUGUCGACAGCUUGGGACAGUUUCAGUGGGGCGAUCUGGUACAGCUCGACGCGCAAACCGUAGGCGUUAUCGUGCGAUUGGAACGUGAGAAUUUCCAUGUGCUCUCCAUGCAUGGAAAAGUGGUUGAGGCGAGACCGCAGGGUCUCACGAAGCGCCGGGAGAACAGAAACGCGGUUGCCCUGGACUCGCAACAGAACACGAUACAGAAAAAGGAUAUCGUGAAGGUGGUUGACGGGCCGCAUGCAGGCCGAGGUGGAGAGAUCAAGCACUUGUACAGGAGUUUCGCUUUUCUACACUCACGAAUGUUUGUCGACAACGGUGGAAUAUUCGUGUGCAAGACCAGGCAUUUACAGCUGUCCGGUGGCAACAAAACUAGCUCCAUAAAUUCUGCGUCACCUGUGGCGGGGUUUAUGUCUCCGAGGAUUGCCUCUCCGAUGCAUCCUAGCGGAGGCGGUUUUGGACGAGGCGGUGGCGGCGGUGGAAGAGGCAGAGGUCGUGGCGGUGGCGGUGCCAGACGUGACAGAGAAUUAAUCGGGACCACCAUCAAGAUAACGGGUGGACCGUACAAGGGCAAUGUGGGUAUCGUCAAAGACGCGACGGAGACUACAGCUCGCGUGGAGCUGCACUCUACAUGCCAGACGAUUUCGGUCGAUCGAUCUCACAUCGCGAACGUUGGAGUCCCGACGAAAGACGGGGGCUUCAGCAGCUACAACAGAACUCCGGCUUACGGAGCCGGUGGGCAGACUCCGAUGUACGCCAGGGAUGGAUCAAAGACACCUAUGCACGGUUCCCAGACACCUAUGUACGAAAACGGCUCUCGUACUCCUCAUUACGGUUCGAUGACACCAUCUCACGACGGUUCGCGAACACCUGGACAGUCGGGAGCCUGGGACCCUUCGGUUACCAACACACCUGCAAGAACGAACGACUUCGACGGCUACAGCAUAGAAGAGGGUGGCUCGCCCGGUUACGCGCCUGGGUAUCCUCCCACUGGAGGACCGUACACUCCGCAAACUCCGGGCACCAUGUACGGCUCGGAACAAAGUUUCAGUUCGUAUCAACCGAGUCCUAGUCCCGCGGGCAGCGCCACCGCUAGUCCAAGUCCUGCGGGAUAUGUUGCUACUCCGUCCCCAAGUGGCACAGGUUACACCACCAGUCCACAUGGAGCAUUCGCGACACCCUCUCCGAUGGGCUACAGUCCUAUGACACCCGUUGCAGGUAGUCCAUAUAAUCCACAAACUCCCGGUUCCGGACUGGACGCGGGUGUCGGUUCAGGCGUGAUAGGUAGUUCAGAAUGGCACACGACAGAUAUCGAAGUACGCAUUCGCGACUCCUACGAUGAUCCCGCGCUCGCCGGACAGCAGGCUAUCAUUCGAGGCAUUUCUGGUGGCAUGUGCACCGUUUAUCUACCCACCGAGGAUCGAGUUGUAAACCUAGUGUGCGACCAAUUGGAACCUGUUAUACCAUCGCGCGGUGACCGAGUAAAAAUCAUUCUCGGAGAGGAUCGAGAAGCUGUCGGCACUUUACUCUCCAUUGACAAUCAAGAGGGUGUCGUAAAACUUAACACGGAGGAGAUUAAAUUCUUACAGCUGAAAUUUUUGUGCAAGAUGAAAGCACCUAGCACAUAAUCUUCUACAUUUGUGCACGUUGAUAUCUCUAUUUAAAUACACAUUUAAUUAAA